AUGCAGCAACACGACCAACCCAGUACCCUUGAGAUAGACUCCGACGCUACCACACUUGUCGAUACCACAGAGCUGAAGAAUAUUCGCGCCAGCAUGAUCUAUCAGGUUCUCCCAGCCAUGGUGUCGAGUCACCUUCCUACAAUCCCUUCAAUACGGCGGUCGAUAGGCGAGAUUCGUGAUCGGCGCUUCCAUAGCAAGACAGACUCGCUGACGGAGCUGCCGCUGCCUGUUACCCCACCACCCGGCUACACCUCACGACCGAGCAGUGGCAGCGCAUCGCCAAACAGGCGGUCGAUCGUCGUUGGCGAGACAGACCUCGAUUUCUCAGACGAUGCCUCUGAAAGACCCAGCAGCUCUAUGAGCCUGAAUCCUCCACCAUUCGCUGCGUAUGAGACAAAGACAGGCGUGAACUGGAGGUAUGCCGGUCAAGGAGUCAACCUGAUGACUCUGGCACACCGAGAGUCUAGUAUACCCCACUACGGACUCGACGAGACCUCUCCAGUCCUCACACGACAACUCUACCUGCAUGGCAUGACCUACCUGCUCCGUGGCCUCCCGUCAGACCUCACACCGGAGGAGCUGCUGAGCCUGCAAGCAGCAAUACCGCCGAGCUUGGUUGGAUCACAGACCGACUCAGGCUUUUCACUCGUCCCGCGCUCGACGCAAAACCAGCUUCAGCAUGACGUGUCUCCACAAGACGCCUCGAUUUUACAUCGCAUAACCGCCACCAUGGUCCUGCAGGCGCUCAUGUUCAUACAAUUCCUUCUUCCGUACAUCAAGAUCUUCCUUGCGCACGCGUAUCAGUUCGAGCGCGAGCAUCAGAUCACGCGGCGGUUGGUCAACGGCAGCAUCACCACUGUGGAUGACAUUGGGAGGAGGAGUCUUCGGCUAUCGCAGACAAUCUGUCAGAUGAACGAUGGAAAGGUCGGCCAAGCCAUCAACGAGAUGACCAUCUGGUGGGUUCGCGGCGUGACGGGCGGCGUGCAGCAAGGUAUUGAGGAGGGGUUGAACUGGGAGCAGAGAGCACGUGAGAAGGGCAAAGUGGGGAGAAUUGAGUAG